AUGCGACAUGCCCCACGACCGCCUGGUGGGAAGCUCUAUGCUCCCGUCGUCAAUCCAACCGAUAAAUACCAAGAGAAGGCCGCCAACCUCCACACCUACGGCCAAUAUCUACUGUCAUGCAUGCCAAAAUAUAUUCAACAAUUUUCCAUUUGGAAAGAUGAACUCACAAUCUACAUCCCUCCCGCUGGCGUGAUUCCUGUCAUCUCAUUUCUCAAAUACCAUACCGCUGCGGAAUACACAAUGGUCGCAGAUAUAACAGCGGUUGAUUUCCCUACUAAAGACAACCGGUUUGAGAUCGUAUACCAUCUCCUUAGUGUCCGGCACAAUUCAAGAAUAAGAGUGAAAACAUAUGCGGAUGAGGCGACGCCGGUACCAAGUAUUACGAGUCUAUACGAUGGAGCAAAUUGGUAUGAGCGCGAAGUGUAUGACCUGUUCGGUGUUUUUUUCGAAGGACAUCCAGAUUUGAGAAGGAUCAUGACCGACUAUGGAUUUGACGGUCAUCCUCUAAGGAAGGACUUUCCAUUGACAGGCUAUACUGAAAUACGAUAUGACGAAGAGAAGAAGAGAAUAGUAGUGGAGCCUUUAGAGCUCACGCAGGCAUUCAGAAACUUCGAGGGUGGAACUGCCGCUUGGGAACAGGUUGGUCCCGGAAAGGAUAGAAAGCCUGACGAAUUUCAAUUACCUACGCCAAAACCGGAGGAAAAGAAAGAAGAGGCGAAGAAAUAG